GACGGUACAGCUCGUAGGCCCGUUUGCGCAGUGCAGUGCGGUGCACAAAACACAACGCCUGUGUGGUUUUCCCAUUUGUUGUAGUCCCUCGGGUAAAUUAAUCCUUGUGUAGUGUUGUGCUGAAGUAAUUCGUGAUCAUUUUCUGCAAAGUGCCUUAUUCAAUCACACACAAUAUCGCACGUCUGUGGAGCGUUAUUGUUUCGCUAUUGUCCGUGUGAAUAAAACGCUUCGAAAGUGUCGGGGCAGGGCAGUGCUGGUGCCGCGUGCCGGAAGCGGCGAACGCGGUCCAUCAAUCGCGAAGGUACGGUCAAGAUGACCAAGGAAUCCGAAGAUUUGGAGCGGGAGAAAGAAACGCUUCGCGAGCGUACCAUGCUAAGGGUUUACUACGCCGCAAAGGAAGGUUUCUGCACGCAACUCUUGGCUUUGCUAGGCGAGAUAAAGGAUGACGAAGAAAGGCGUGCCGUAGUAAAUCAGGAAUUCUUUGAAGAAGAGCAUCAGAUCUUUACACCCCUGAUCGUAGCAACGCUUAAUGGCCAUUUGGAAGUGGUUCACAUUCUUCUUGAGCUGGCCGAACCAGAUAUGGAAAAGGAGGGUUGUGUAAAGGUACACGGUGAGCUAACGGACGGUGCCACGGCGCUCUGGGUAGCGGCCGCUGUUGGCCGUCUCAACAUCGUCAAAAUGUUACUCCAGCACGGUGCUCAGGUGGAUCAUUGUACGAAGAAGGGUUCGACACCUUUGCGAGCCGCCUGCUACGAAGGUCGGCUCGACGCAGUGCAGUAUCUUGUCGAACACAAUGCGAACGUUUGCACGGUGAACAUGUUUAAUAAUACCUGUGUCAUGAUCGCUGCCUACAAGAACUACACCGAUGUGCUGCAGUAUUUGCUGGAGAAGGGUGCGCAGGUGAACGAAAAGGCACAGUGUGGUGCAUCGGCUCUGUACUAUGCGGCUGAAUGUGGCCACGUGGAAGUGUGUGAAAUAUUACUAGAUCAUGGAGCACUUUUGAUUAGGAACACGUUCGGUCUAACGCCGGCGCUGGCGGCUGCUGAGAGAACCCGAGAAGCUGUUGUGGAGGUGUUCCUUCAGCGUCCCGGUCUACUCACCAAGGAAGAACGCAUCGAGGUGAUGGAAUUGUUGGGAGCAUCGUAUGCGAACGACAAGGAUAAUUACAACUUGGGCAAAGCCUUCCACUAUCUUCUUGCGGCAAUGGAACUGAGAUACGAAGAUCCGGAAAGCAUUAUUCGAAAGCCAACCUUUGAACCGAUAGCAGCAUAUGAACACUGGCUCGAAUGUCAGACAUUACAGGACCUGCUUGCGAUCCGCUACAAUCACAACUCGUUGCACAUGGAGUCACUUACCAUACGGGAGCGCAUUCUCGGCAAUCAAUGUCCUGAGGUAGCCCAUGCGAUUAUCUACCGUGGUGCAAUCUGUGCCGACAAUGGACGGUUUGAUCGGUGCGAAAGUCUUUGGCUGCACGCGUUGCGCCUUCGGCAGCAGAACGGUCUACAGGUGCAACGUGAUCUGCUUCGGUUCAUGAAACUUUUCUCGCAAGAGUUUUUGAUCAACGAAACGAUACGGUUCGAUAGUGUGAUUGCUGUGCUUGGUGCCUGUAUCGAUGAGCUACGGUACAAUCAGCAAAAGUUGGCAAAUCCUGGCCCGCGGGACGAUCUGGAAACUAUUGCGGAUAAUUACGAGAUGAACAUCGUGACGGUGCUGUACUUGAUCACAAUCAUUACGAAGUUGCUGCAGCGAGAGCAGUUCGUGCGGACGGAAGAGCAAAUGCUGCAGGUGUAUCAGAUGGUGUACCAGCUGAACAUGAUGAUGGUGCGAUUGCGGGACGAUCAAACGUUGCUGCAUCUGGCUGUGAACGGUGUAACGCCGGUGGAUGAAUUUCUAACCGAUGAAGUUUGCAGAUUCCCAUGCGUUGAAACAGUCAAGCUACUUCUCAAAUGUGGUGCUCCGGUGGAUGUGGUCGACAGUGACCGAAACACGCCUUUACACACGUUAACAUCAACUCUACAAACGACUGUGCUACGGAUGGCGGACAGCAACGUAAAAUCGGUGGUAAAAGAAAUAACCGAAAUUUUCAUUGAAGCCGGUAUACAUCUCGAUGCAGUCAAUGCGGACGGUUUGAAAGCUUCACAAGUUUGUGUUCAAAGUUGUGUAGCAGCGUUUAUCAAAAGCUACGAAACACGUGCCAUCAAUCUGCGCUGCCUUGCCGCUCGAGUGAUCGCUCAGCACCGAAUCCCGUAUCGGAAGUUAAUACCACGUCAUCUAGAAGCGUUUGUGCAGCUGCACUGUACACGUAAAAGCUAGAGGCUGCGUUGUGAUGGUGCGAGUCAGGUGUAUUGCAGAGCUUUAACUGUCCUUUGUAUCCGAUCCGAUCAUCCAUCAAAAGGCACACUAGUGACAGCGGAAAGUGAUAUUAAUCAAAAGAUGUAGCGUCCCUUUAUAUUUGUGGUGCUACGGUGUAACGAAAACCAAUUGUAUUGAAUUUCGAAAGAUUUUAAUAAAACUAAUACAGGCAGGA